AUGCUCUCAUCAUCCAUUACCACUCACUCGUCAUCAGCCAAUAGUGCUGCGAGUCGCAUCUCGGGAGCACCACAAGACAUUCCUAAACUCAGCAAAUAUCAAAAACAACUUUUGAAUCAAAUAUCAAAUCCGCAACACUCUCCAUUAUAUUGCUCGAAUUGUAAGAGUGAUAAAGAUGUAGUGGAAGAUCACGCUCAAGGAUGUAUGGUGUGUCGAGGAUGCGGAUUAGUCGUUUCAAACUAUUUAAUUUCUCGUGAAGAAGAACAUAGAAAUUUCCAAAAUGAUGAAGGAGGCGAGGACAAGGCUCGUGCUUCUAAAGCAAGUAACAAUGAAUUAUUGGAAGGUCAAUUGGCAACUUCCAUUGCCCGAGUACCUGGUCAAUCGGGUAGCCUGAUGCGAACACAAAUGAAAAUUCAGCAAACAACAGAAAAGAUUGAAAACAGAUUGAAAACAGCAUUCAGCGAAAUUAACAAAUGGGUUGAUGAGUUUGGAGCUCCAUCAAGAGCAGCCACCACAGUCCAACAAAUAUUUAAAGUACUCAGUGAAAAUAACAAAAUUAAUUCUAGGAAUGAAAAAGAGGCUUUAGGUGCAUGCUUAUAUAAGGGAUUAAAGGUUGUGGGUCAUGCUGUGACGCUCAAAGAAGUAUGUGCUCUAUUAGGAGUUAAGGAAAAGAAAUUGAACAAGAUGAUCAUGGAAAUUGGUAAAAUUGAGUCAUUGAAAGAUCUUACCAUUGCAGACAGCAAUUCACCAAAAUCAUAUAUCGAGAGCUUUGCUUCAAAGCUGAAACUUCCAACCAAGAUUUUGUCAUUUGCUCUUGACACUGCCGAAAGAGUGGCUGAAAUUGGUGCAGAUGCAGGUAAAAACCCAUCUACAGUUGCUGCGGCUUGUAUUGUGUUUGCUUCUGAGAACCAUUCAGACCAGAAAUUCCGUAAAACAGAAAUCGACGUUGAAGAAGUGUCUGCCAUCACUCAUGCAACAAUUAGAAAGGCAGUCAAUGAUUUCAAUAAGGUUAAGGACAAGUUACUGAAAUAA